GCCGGUGAGGUGGUUGCACCGGCGGAAGUAGAAGAGGAGGAGGAGGGUGAGUGCCAUGGAGACAGGUGAGAGCAGCAGUAGGUGCCAGCUCCUGGAGUUACCCUGGGAGGAUGUCCUGGUUCCUCAUGUUCUCUGCCACCUCCCACUGUGCCAACUGGUCUCCUUGCAGCGUGUCAGCAAGCAGUUCCGUAACCUGAUUCAGGUCUACCUGACAAACUGUCACAGUCUGGACACCUCCCAGCUUGGGGCUGCCAUUCCUCAAAGCGCAUUCUGCAGAAUACUGAGAGACAACUCUGUGCUGCAUCACCUGGUUGUGCACAGCUGCUCCGACUGGCUAACGGACCUCGAGCUCCUGCCGGUGAUCGGCCAGAACCACCACUUGGAGAAGGUUGACGUGACGGGGUGCCGUGGGCUGAGUAGGCGGACGCUGGUGGCCUUGUCUCUGAGUUGCCCCAACCUGCAGCAGCUAUCCCUCAGGCAGUGCGACUGGGUGGACUCCCUCUCCCUACGCAGUCUGGCCGAUCGCUGCGGCCGCCUCGUGUCCAUUGACCUCACCGCCUGCAAGCAGCUGAAUGACGAGGCUGUCUGCUACCUGGUGCGUAAAUGUCCAAAGAUCCGCUCACUGUCUCUGGCCGUCAAUGCAAACAUCAGCGAUGGAUCGGUGCAGGAAGUGGCAAAACUGUGCACUGAGCUCGAACACCUGGACUUGACCGGCUGCCUGCGCCUCAGGAACGACUCUAUAAGGACAGUUGCGGAGUAUUGCACAAAGCUCAGCUCGUUGAAAGUGAACCACUGCCACAACAUCACUGAAGGAUGCUUAGAGGUUUUGCGUAAGAAGGGAGUGGACAUUGAUGUAGAACCUCCCUUGCAACGGGCACUGGUACUUCUGCAGGAUGUGGUGGGCUUUGCUCCGUAUAUCAACCUCCAGAUUUGAACAGAAAUAUUGUGGUAAACUGUUUAUCCAUAGGUAUGACACAAUUGCACUUCACUCUUGUAGUUACGUAACUUAUAUUAAAAUAGUUGUAUAGUAUUUCAUGAGUGGCUCGAUGCUCCUUAGUCAAACUUCCAGUAAUGAAAUUCCAAUCAUUUAUUCCUCAAUGUGGCAUUAAAAUAAAAUAAAUAGGCUUCAACCUGGCUUGUCAUUGCACUGAAUCACUACUGUUAACUUAUAGUUAGUAUAGUAUUUUUUGAGGUGUGAGGUGAUGAUAGUGACCAUGUUGCUGUGUAGUUGUACACUGCACCAGAAGUCGGAACAAAGCAGAUUACUGCUUGUGGCUUGUGCAGAGCUCUGAGAGUGUUGAUGUUAACAGUGAAUCGCCAUUGACAUGUGGAAGUAGUAAGUGGCAACAUUAACCAAGGGGAGGAUCUGAGGGAGAUAACACUAUCAAUAAGCUUGAUGAUAUCAAGAUUUGGAAUCGAAGUAAGCUUCGAUAAUCAAGAAGGGUCUCGACCCAAAACGUCACCCAUUCUUUCUCUCCAGAGAUGCUGCCUGUCCCGCUGAGUUACUCCAGCUUUUGGUGUCUAUCUUCACUUUAAACCAGCAUCUGCAGUUCCUUCUUACACAUUAUAUACUUCAAGUUCUUUUUGACUUCAGGUUCCUUUUUUGACUUUUUGAUUACACCAUCAAAACUUGCACAGCCAGUCAGUUUUUCUUUAAUAUUCACUGCUCUGUUUGGCUACAACUCUAAUUAGUUUGCAAUUGCUGAUGCCUUAUAGCAUCCCAGUUAAUCUACAUCUACAGCAAAUCUGUAUAAGGAAUCUGAUGGUAGACAAAAAAAUGCUGGGGAAACUCAGCGGGUGAGGCAGCAUCUAUGGAGAGAAGGAAUUGGUGACGUUUCGGGUCGAGACGCUUCUCCAGACCCUUCUUCAGAAUCUGAUGUUCGUUCCUUCACAAAUCUACAUCUUUAUCUCUGCACAAAACUAUACAUGGCCUCCCAGCUUUGGCCUCUAACACUGCAUCAAGCAGCUUUUGGUUUCCAGCCAACUCUUCAUACACUCAUAAAUCAUACAGCACUGGUGUCUGUCAUUUGGAUGGAUUAAAGAAUCAUUCAUUUAGGCCCAUUCCUAUCAGUACUGUAGUUUAUUUUAUUUAAUACAUCCAAAUGAGGAUUGGGUCUUUAUUGAAUUGAUUUUCAAUACUCUUUCAUGUAAAGAAUUCCACAUCAUAAUUCCCUCCUUGAAGUUAUUUUUAAUCUCACUUUUGGUUCUUUUUAUCCUGUAUCUCUAGUUCUUGAUGAACCUGCUGGUGAAAACAGUGUCUGAUUAUUUUGAACACCUCAUUUAAAUUUCCCUUUUAACCUCAAGCCUGAGGAGAACAAUCCCGACAAUCCUAACUCUGUAAAAGAAAACCAAAAACUACAGAUGCUGGAAAUCUGAAAUCUCAUCACUUGUACAUGCAUGAUAAUGAGUUCCUCAUUACUUGUACUUGCGUGGUAACGUCCACUACUGCCUCUGACAUACAAUCCUAUGAUACCUGUAUGCCUGGCCCAUGUAUCUAUGUUUAAUUUUAAUCUUUCAUGUUUAAUUUAUUGUAUUGCACAUAUAAUGCAUACAUUUGUUCUAAUGAACGUAUUGACAGCCUCGAUUUAAAAAUAAAUUGUGAAAUAAGCCCCAUUCCAACACCUACAAACAUAAACUAAGCUUAAAGUACAAUGUUGAAGGGUGAUGUAGGGUGCAUUUCAAUAAGGUGUUGAACUGAAGUCCGUCACCCUCUGGAUCAAGUUAGUAAUCCACCAGCAAUAUUCAAGAGAGAUUAUAUUUCUUCAGAUGUCUGUAUCCCUCAACAAGGUUAACUGGUCAUUGUUUGAUGUGCACAAAUGAACUGCUUCAUUUGACCACGUGACAAUAUAGCAAAGGUGAGAAAAUGGUCCCUUCACUUUGUUCCACUACUCAGCAUGAGCAGAGCUAGCUGAUCCUUGGCUGCAUUCACUUUCACCUCUGAUAUACAUACCCCUUAAUUUUCUUGAUUCCUUAAGGCACACUGAUCUCAGUCUUAUUUAUGCAUAUUGUCUGAUCAUCUAGUAUGCUCUCCUGUACAGAAUUCCAAAGGUUCAUUAUCUCUAGUGAAGAAAUGUCUGCUUGUCUCAGCCCAGAAGGUUGACUGGUUAUACUAAGCCCAUGCACCCUAGUUCUAGACUCUCUAAAUAGAACAUUUCUCAGCAUCCACUGUCAAUCCCAAUGUUUCAUUUAAGAAUUGUCUGAAUAUUGCUAUGGGUUCAAUACUCAAAUGUCUCUUCUGGUAACCUCAACCCUGAAGUCAAGUAACCAGACCGUUGUUGCACUGUUUCUGAGACGGGUUUGUCCUUGUGUUCUGGAUCCCAAACCACAGUCUUGCUAAAAGUCUGGUCGCAUAAAAAUGUUGUUAUGAAUGUAUCCGUAAUCCCUUGCAAUAAAGAUCAAUGGAAUGUCUGUCUUCCUGA